AUGUCGCAGUCACCGGCUUCCUCCACUGAAACCAUUGUGGUCUCUGAAACAAAGACCCUUCUCAACGUUAACAUGACAAACGUUACAAAGCUUACGGCUUCGAACUUCCUGAUGUGGUCUCGCCAGGUCUCAGCCUUGCUUGAUGGCUAUGAUCUUGCGGGCUAUCUCGAUGGCUCUGUCAUCAUCCCACCAGAAACCAUCAACCCCGAUGGUGUUCUCACAGCAAAUCCGGCGUAUCCGAUCUGGAAACGUCAGGACAAGCUCGUUUACAGCGCUUUACUUGGCGCCAUCACCGUAUUGAUUCAACCGAUACUCUCCACCACGACCACUUCCGCGCAGAUUUGGGAAAUACUGUCGGUUACGUACGCGAAGCCCAGCAGAGGACACGUCAAACAACUCCGGGAGCAGAUCAAACAUUGGGAGAAAGGUACCAAAACCAUUGAUGAGUAUGUACAAGGUUUCACUACCCGAUUUGAUCAAGUUGCGUUACUGGGAAAACCUUAUGAUCUGGAGGAUCAAAUUGAACAUAUCUUGGAGGGCUUAACCGAGGAGUACAAGCAACUUGUAGAUCAAAUCGAAAGUCGUGACUCCACUCCCACCGUUGCUGAACUUCACGAGAAACUCGUAAACUAUGAAGCUAAACUCCAAAGCAAGACCACUCCCACCGUACCGAUCACUGCUAAUGCUGCCUCGCACCGUUCAUCCUCUGGCCACAGCAACAAUCGCAACAACUCCAAUGGCAACCGCAACACUCAAUCGUGGCAAACCAACAGUAGCUUUCCUCGCUCCGAUCAGCCAACUCGUGGCUAUCAAGGCCGUUGCCAGCUUUGUGGGGUUCACGGUCACAGUGCACGUCGAUGCUCCCAACUCCAGAGCUCACAAAAUCAGUUCAACCCCACUACGCGCAACUCCUCUCCUCUGCCUCACUUCUGUGGAGCCACGCACCAUCUCACCACUGACCUCAACAACUUAGCGCUGCAUCAGCCCUAUACCGGAGGCGAAGAGGUCACUAUUGCAGACGGCUCCGGUCUCCCCAUCUCGCAAACUGACGUGUGGAGUUCGCCUAUCAUAUCCUUCGAUCAGUACAAGUACUACUUGGUCUUGGUCGACCACUAUACACGUUGCACAUGGUGUUAUCCGCUGAAGCAAAAGUCACAGGUCCGAGAAACAUUCAUCGCGUUCAAAGCCUUGGUUGAGGGUCAUUUUGCCAGCAAGAUAAGAAACCUCUUCUCUGAUAAUGGUGGCGAGUUCGUGGCGCUAAGGAGAUUUCUCUCCGAACAUGGCAUCUCCCACUUCACAUCAUCGCCUCAUACACCCGAACACAACGGGAUCGCCGAGCGCAAGCAUCGCCAUAUAGUUGAAACAGGGUUAACUCUUCUUCAUCAAGCAUCACUCCCGACCAAAUAUUGCCCCUAUGCCUUUGCUGCCGCGGUGUAUCUCAUCAACCGCUUACCCUCUCAAGUUACAGAUGCGAUCUCACCAUACGCCAAGCUUUUUGGACGACCUCCUAACUACUUGAAGCUACGAGUCUUCGGGUGCCUUUGUUUCCCGUGGCUCAGACCGUAUAAUACCCACAAGCUUCAACCUCGAUCACUGCCGUGUAUCUUCAUGGGGUAUUCACUCACACAGAGUGCCUACAUGUGUCUCCAUCUACCUACUGGCCGACUUUAUGUCUCGCGCCACGUUCAGUUUGGGGAGAAUCAGUUUCCUUACGCUGCUCCUAAAUCCUCCCCGGCUCCUGUAGUGGAACCAUCUCAACUGUCGUUCUCACCACCCACCUUGGUUCCUCUCGACCCGACAUCACUCGUACAACCCACCUCUCUGCCUCCCCCGAGCGGAAGUCCUCACCUGCAACAUCAACAAGCUCCGUUGCCCACUGGUUCUGCCCCUGCAGAAUCGGGUAACGAGCCUGGUGCGGGAAUUGAUUCAAUGGCUACAUCAUCAAGUACUUCUCCGCGGUCUUCAGCAGGUAAUUCUUUAAACCCUCUACCACCUGUUCCUCAAACCCACCCAGUAAACACUACCACUACUGCCUCCUCCAUUCCUGCAACCACCUCUGUUGAAUCCACAAAAAUUCUUGACAAUCAUCAUCCCAUGCAAACCCGAGCCAAAAACAUGAUCACCAAACCUACUAAAAAGCUUACCCUCGUAGCCACUACUUCACAACUCAAACCCACCAUUCCUACGACCCUGAAUCAGGCUAUGCGAGAUGAAAACUGGAGGCGCUCAAUGAGUGCCGAGUAUGAUGCUCAAAUUGCUAAUAAAACAUUUGAACUUGUUCCCUGCGAACGAGAUCAACAUGUUAUUGAUACGAGAUGGGUUCACACUAUUAAAUUUUUUCCUAGUGGUGAUGUUGACAGGUACAAAUCUCGCUGGGUUGCUUGA